GAAGAGUUUUCACAUAAAUUCGGAGGUAUUAACUUUUCAGCACACCCUCUUACAGUAAAUAGCAUGGGAUUCGUCGCUGGUACAACCAAAAUUGUUUCGUAUUGGCGCCAGAAGUACCACUCAGCUUGAAUUGGUACAGUAGGAAACGAAAAACGCCAACAUUUGCUAAGAAGGAAAUUAACUGCAGUGCAUGUCACAGCCCGGUAAUUCAACACGAGAACAGGAUUUGACCAUUUUCUUCACUAGCAGCAUGGUUUUUAUCAACGAAGUGUUGUAGCGACAAAUUUGUCUUGAAGCAUAGCGUUUUAUCGGCGAAAACACCUGUUGCCAAUCAAUGAAGCUUCUGUUGACACUGUCUCGCAACAUAAAAUAUGGUACUCUGACAGUUCCUAUAGCUUGUGUUGAUAAUGCAUUUGAUCAGAGCAAGUUGCGUUAUAUUUACUUACAUUAUGAUUGUGUGGUACGCCCGAAUAAAAAUUCAUAUUUGUUAAAGACUGUGGUCGAAAUUAUUUAUUUAAACAGCCAAGCGCAGUUUGUUGCCGAGCUUCGGUUACCUUUAAGAAGCCCGCGAAGUCCUACCCUAUAACCGAGCUUCGGAUCUCGCCCGUGACGAGCUGUUGUUCGCAUCUUCCGAAGUGGGACCCAUCAUUCUGCUCUCGAAGUCGAGGUGCAGGCGUGUUAGAAUUUUCAUCGGGGCUAAGGUUUCAUGUCAAAGGAUGCUAACUACUCAUUGGUUUGAAUAACCGUCCCUUUUCCAGUGGCCUUAAGCCAAACACAGUCAGAUUGUGGGUACGUCUCGCUAUCUGGUAGUCUCUGUAUUGCAGUGCGUCGCAGAUACCGCCAGACGGCAGUCUGUAGUUCACAUGAAAUUCCCACGCAUUUCAUAACGUGCAUUUGAUAAUUUUCCACAGGCAGCAACGAGGGCGACAUCUGGUCAGAGGGAUUCCAUAGCAUGCCACGUGACCUCAAUGAAAUGGGUGUAUCCCAUUUGCUGCACUCUUAAAAUCAGUGUAAUAUGGUCGCCAACUUCGUUUCGGUCCACGAGACAAGAGUUGAGUUCCCACAACUCCAAAAUUUGUAAUUGAAUGUACUGUAGUUAUUUAACUACUUUCAUAAGGAUUCAGAGAUUCUACCUUUGGAAUGGAAAAUGCACACCGCAGGCAGUUAACACACCGCCUCUAGCUGAUUCGUAGCAUCUUCCGCCGAUACUCCACACAACCACCAAACACGAAUACAAGUGUCAGUAGGGCACGAUAUAUCACUCUCAGAUUUCGACAGAAGCGAAUGGAAUUUAUGGCCCGUGCCAAUUUAACAUGUGCGCACUCAGUGAGAUCCAACACUCACAUAGAAAAUCCGGAAUGGGAAUUCUAAAGAAUAAGCACUUACUAAUUCUGUUUACCGUAUUGGUGGAAAUGCUUCGUGGAUCAAGGUACAUCACUAAAUGUCUGAACCAGAAAUCAACACCUCACUACUCUCGAAUCAGCAACUGCUAAGCAGAGAGGCGACGACUUCCAACACCCAGGAUUACAGCCGAAAGAUUUCUCUCAAGAGGUCCGCGAAAGUUUUUUCAGCGUUCAGAUCCUUUGACCAUUCAAAUUCGGUAGCUGCAAGUAGGUAGAUGGUGCUGAUGACACUAGACUGUAAAAUGCUGUCUCAUGCCAGGUAGUUUAAAAAAACUCAUUCCGAAACUGGUACUGUGAAACACCUGAUAUUUUGAGAAAAUUCACUCUCUUGAGGCCGCCUCCACAAUCCAUGUGGGAGGAUUACGGGAGGACAGGCGCAUUAUCUCCAGGCCGGAGACAGCUGCCUUGGCCGUAGGACGACACGGGCGUGGCUGGGGAAUAUGUUAAACGCGUGGUUUUACGUAUCGUGUUGGGAAAUGUCGCCACAAUUUAUCUCGCAGAUCAUUACGUUUUUACCGACGAAAUGAAUGAGCUGAGCGAGCGGGCGUCGUCCCCCUGUACCAGCCACAUGGAGCAGGAGAAGCGCAUUCGGCGCGAGAUCGCCAACUCGAACGAGCGCCGUCGCAUGCAGAGCAUCAACGCCGGCUUCCAGUCGCUGCGCACGUUGCUGCCGCACCACGAGGGCGAGAAGCUGUCCAAGGCUGCCAUCCUUCAGCAGACAGCAGAGUAUAUAUACCAAUUAGAACAGGAAAAAACUAGCCUACUGUCACAGAAUUGUCACCUGAAAAGGUUACUGAAUAGGCAGGAGGGUCAGCAUGAGCAAACUGCAUCAGUCAAGCGCAGGAAACUGGAAUCGAGUAUGGUCGUUGUCAGUGAGUCAUCAGAUGAAGGCAUCGGUAGCAUGUCUCCAGAGCCAGCACCAGUCCCUGGAGGAGCCGCCGUUUCGGCAGCCGAAGCAAGUCGCGAGCGCGACCUCAUAGAACUGAGGCUCUCUUUGGAUAGAGAGCGUAAACUUCGAAUGCGUCUAGAGGACCAGGUCCGCGCACUGGAAAGUCAGUUGUAUCCCAAACAAUUGAGGGAUCUCUCACAUCAAGUUACUCUUCACUAUCAUCAUGAAUCUCCUACCCCUCACCAGGUGGUCACCAGUGGCAGUGGCAGUGUCCCUGUUAUUGGUGCAACUAUCCAGGAUCUCCAGGAAACGGCAGCUGCUGUUGCACACUUACAAGUGGUUACUUCGCGAACCCCGUCGCCCAUCUUAGGGCUGCCACCUCCAUCACCACCCCCACCACCACCUCCAGCACCACAAGUGCGUGAACCGACACCACCCCCAACUCCACAGCCGCAGAGGCUACCGAGUGUUCUGGAAGCUGCCAUCAAAGCAGAACCAAAGGUCGAAGUAGAACGACUUCCGUCACCGCCUGCUGCCUCUGAUGAUGUCACACCACAAUCCAGGCUGUAUGCUGCAAGUACAUCGAGGCAAAACCUGGAAACUAUUGUGGAAGCCAUUCGCCACUUGGAGGGUGACCAGUUCAUCAGUGACGAGCCUACGCAAGAAGCUCCUCUGGCUCUGACAACCCAUCGAACGGGUCCAACUAGUGGAAGUGCUGAGGGCUUCUUGCAUUUCCAUUCGCACCCCAUUCCAUCUCAGCCGCAGCGGCCACUGUCAUCCACAGCUGCCUUGCAGCAGCAGCGUCCUGGUGUUAUCGUCGUAAAACAGAGCACGUGAUUAUUGCACGAGAGCUCUGUCUCGCAUGACGUGACUGGAUUUGAUUUCAGUUGAUUUUUACUUUCUUAUUAGCUUGUAACUGGCGAGGCAUUAAACUGUACUCUGAAGUUGUACUGUCUGCUUUAAGGAUUCAUAUAUAUCUAUAUGUACAUAAUAUAUACGUGUAUGUAUGUACACAUUCUGCAUACAUACCAUAGUUUCGACUGCAUUUUUAGACUGGUGUAGGAAUGUGGCAAUAUCAUUCCUUUUGCUAGGAGAGUGUUAGGGUGUAACACUCAAUGAAUCCUAGCAUGUAAUGGUGGUCUGUGUUAAAUCAAAGUGCAAACCAAGCAAUAAAACUUUGUUUUCCUUCUAAAUACUGGGUCUGACAUCAAAAUUUGCCAUAUUGAGAAGCAGAUAUUAGAGCUGUGACUGGCUUUAGUUAUCCUAAGCUCUGUGGAGCCCGAAGUUGCCUCCGGUUUACAAUUAGCUACCUUCGGAUGACUGAAUACCGACUGGUCUUUUGAGUGGUAGACUUUUUUAAUUGUUUAAACUGUAGAAGAAAAUAGUAAUAGAUACAGAGAAGCUAGUAUACAGACAAUUGUGCAUUUGAAAUGCUGUAUGGCGUUGCUUGUCAAAGUAGCAGUUUUCUUUCGUGUUUCAGUUUUUGUUGUUGUAUAUAUUUGUCUCUCUCAAAGUUACAAGCAAGUAAAACAUACACUAGCCUGUUUUGUGGGCUGAAACUGAACAAACAUUUUUGAUGUUCCAUCUCAUUUGCUAUAAGUAUAUAGCUUACAUUUUUUAAACAUGUCAAUAUGUGGUAUUCUGUUGUGUUAUCUCGUUCGCUCACCCUCGCUUUUCUUUUGUACAUAAGAUUUAUUUCUUCAGCGUGAGUGUUUUGAAGCUUGCGUGUAUUUGUAUACGUCUGAGAAAUGUUGUAAGAUUUAUUUUGUUUUCUAUAAAAAUAAAAACUGCUGUAAAAUGAACUAAAACAUUGGCUGAUGGUGAUCGCCUCAUGUAUCUCAUAAGAGUAACGUUACUAAGGCUAGUUCUGUCUUUGUGUAUAUAUUAUUUCUUUUGUUAGGUCAGUUUAGAAAUGGACACACAACAUGUAAGAGUGAGUGCUACGUAAAGUAUUGCGUGUGUGUUGAAUUGUUUACUUGUAGGUGUCGUUACAUAUAAGAUUUUCAAAAGGUAUAAAAAAAUAUAAAGUUCCACGUGCUUGGAACAGUACUGAUAAAUUAGGUAUUACCAUUAAGCUACUUCUUAUCAGUUUACUGCAACAUUAAGAAAAUUUUUAUUCAUUUUUUGCUUAUGUUACAUUUCUAAAUUCUGUGUUAUUGUUCAAUCAACUUCUAUUUUCAUUAAUACAAAAGACUGGUUUUUCAUUUUCAUAAUUGAAAUGUAUCAACUCAAAAGACAAGUGUCAGGGAGAAAGUUCCUUUUGUACAUUGCUGAAGGCACACGUCAUUGUAAAUUAAACAAUUUUGUAGUCUAUUGAAAAGGGAGACAUUGGUUAUUGAUUUGGUAGUAAUAUUAUUGAGAAUAGUGUUUAUGAAGCAGUUUAAUGAAUUUAUUAUGCACUCCUAGUAUAUCAAAAUUGAGGUACAAAACCACCCUUUGUUGUUUGCUUUAGAAACCAAUUAUAUCUUCAUUUUAUUUAAAUGUGUGUGUGUGUGUGUGUGUGUGUGUGUGUGUGUGUGUGUGUGUGUGUGUGUGUGUUCCCUUUGGAAUUAAAAGAAUGCUGUGCUUGGAAAAAUCUGAAUAAAUCAUUGUAAUACAUUUUUCUAAUUAGUAUUAUGUUUUCAUAAUCAUUUUGCACUACUGUGAUCUGAACCAUCAGGAUUAGUCCGAAUAAACUUUUUUCCUCAUUUGAGAAGCAACAGUUUCUUUGCAUAUUACAUCCGAAUGCCAUCUUUUCCUAUGUAAAUCUGUUUCUACAGAAUGCCAAAUACAAGAGUGAUGUUUGAUUCAUAACAGGGUUUCCAACUUUGCUCUAUGUUGUGAAUGGUGUGUUGAGUUGAGAAUUCAGGCAAUUGUGUAUUGCUCAAUGUUUGCAAAUCUAGAUGCUUGUAUGGCAUUUCUGGUAUUUUUGAGAAAGCAGCAUUACUUUUUAAUUGCAUCUAAAAUACGUCUAAUGGAUAAAUUAGAAUUAGCCUGUUUUAAUCUGAACCCAAUUUUUCAUUAUGUAAAACAUGUAAAACUUCAUUCUUUUUUCUUGUGUUAUAUUGAGCCAAUUACUCUGUAAAGCAAUUGCAGUAUGUUAUAAGCUACCGUAUUUUCUCUGAUUUUUACAUUGUAACUCAACUGGAGCAUUUGGAGUUCAUUGCAAACUGUGAAUAUGACAACAGUUGAGAAAUGUUACAUAGUUUCUAAGUCUGUAGGUACCAGUAAUUGGUUUCAUGUUGUAGAACACAUUUUAAUGCUUUUUCCUGUUAGAAACAUUUACUCAUUAUCUUUAAAAAUUCUUGUCUGUUUUUCAGUGUAGAUCCUAAGUGCUUCUCAUUUUGAAGUGCUAAUGUUUUAUGGACAUUUAUGCAUAUAUAUCUACAUUAUCCAGAAUUAUAAAUUGCAAAUUGCUAAUGUGAUUUACAACAGUAUCCUAAUUCAAAAUUAUGUAUCUACAAGGAAGCAGGUUGCCUCUUUAUUUUGUCAGUUUUGUUAUAUGUGGCUUUAGUUCAGAAUUUGGUUAUCAUUGUCAUUAAGUUUGUAAAUCUUCACACCGUCCUUGUCUCUUUCUUUGAUUUAUGUCUUAUUUGAGUGAUUGAAGAUCUCUGUUAAACUGAGAUAUGUGCAAUUCUCUUUACUUUCUAAAUUCUGGAUAUCAAGCAAUAUCCCCCCCCCCCCCCUCCUCCCCCAAUCAACUAGCCAUUCAGGGUGAGAGUUACAUACAUUUAAUGAUCUAUAUUUUACAACUAGUUGGGUAUUAAUUAUGUGGAUUAUUGAUAUACUUACCAUUGAAACAGUUUGUCAAGACGACAGGUUUUGUAGUCACAUCAAUUUAACACUAUUUCACAGUUUCCUCUUGGUCAUUGCCACAGUUGCUUCAUUUGUUUUAAUUUUACAGUGUUUGUAACAAGCACUAAAAUUUCUUAUGAAAUUUACCUGAGAUGAUUUUUAUAUACAGAUCAGAAUUCUACCAAUUUUUAUUAAAUCAUGUUUUGAUUAAGAGUCAUUUAACUUAAAAUUGUUCAUAAAAACUGGCUUCAGUUUUGUAUUACAAGUAUUAAAAAAAAGACAUCCUGUGGUAUUCA